AAUCGGACUCUAACGAUCAAUUAUCAACUGAACGAGCGAGAUUUAUGACCGAACCAUGGCAAACAACUGCUCCUACACUCCACUGGCAAAUGAAAUGCUGGAAAAUCUUUUAGAGGACAACCCUCAGAUGCUACCGAUCUUAAUCACAUGUAGUAUCAUCACAUUGAUAGAAGUGAUUCUAUUCUUCGAAGCUUGGCUGUGGGUGUUAAGGUAUAUACCCUAUAGUGAUCGACGAACAAGUAUUGUCUGGCUUAUAGGCAUCUACCCGGUUUUCUGUGCAACAUGUUUACUUGGUCUUUACAUCCCAAGGGCAGCUGGAUUAUGUACUCUCACUGGAACAGCAUUUUUCGCCGUCUGCCUUUACCAGUUCAUCACCUUGAUUGUUGACUAUUUCGGUGGUCUCGAUGCCAUGAUCAUUACCAUGAAUGGAACCAAGUUUUCUCUCGCUAGACCACCACUGUUGUGUCUAUUCCAGUGCUUACCGAAAUUCGAAAUGACAAGGAGAAACUACCGUAUACUGGAGACGUGUGUUCUACAGACUGCUAUCAUUAGACCUGUCAUUCUCUUCAUCACGGAGGUGUUGAAAAUCGAUGGCUCACUCAAUGAAAAUCCGGACGUCGCCGCGACUACCACGCUCAUAUUGAACUGCAUCACACUGGUAUCAGCCAUCUUCGCUGUCUCAGCCCUCAUAGUUUUCUUCUCCGCCAGUAAAAACUUUCUGAAACCAUACAGAAUCAAAAUCAAGUUUCUGUGUGUGCAGACGGCUCUCAUUCUCAGCAACGUCCAAUCCGUUCUCCUCAUCAUCCUCACUCGAUUCGACGUCAUCAAGUGCAAUAAACCGUUCGACACGCCCGACAGGGGAUACCAGUGGCAUUGUUUCCUCCUGACCGUAGAGAGUGCCAUCAUGUUCAUACCAACCCUUCUAAUAUUCCGCACUACCAAUGGAAAUGUUACCCGAAUCAGACGCGUUCGUCCAAGCACGUUCUCCGGUAUGAUGCCCAGCGAUGGGACACCAGAUGAAAAUGCUCCUUUACUACAUCCUAAAGAUCGUUCGAAAUCGUUCGGUGUGGUCAAGGAGUUAUGACGUCAAAGGAACAUUAAGAAAGCUAAGAAAAUUAAGAAGAUGGAAGAGAGGGGAAUCUAUUUCUACGGAGAUAUUUGAUAGUGGAAGUCUUGAAUGAAACAAUGAUUUCUGUGACGUUACAUGUAUCUCGGGCGUUCAAUAUCGGGCGUUUGGUAGAGAGACAGUACCUUUGAUGUUAGGCAUCUUCACAAUCUGCAAAACAACAUUAUUUCCGGGCUUUCUCAUAAACCUCGUUAUCAUUAACAAGUUGCAAUAACUGUUAUAAGCUACUGAAAUCGUGGCGACUGAUUGACUGAGAACGUAUUUGUCACAGAAUUCUAUCAUUUUUGUUAUUGAUAACAAGUUUGAUGAAACAGGGCUCUGAAGUGAAUUAUGAAAUAAAGUGUUGUUGUUGGAGUGUAUGUAUUCAAACUACGUAUCGUCGUCUAGAUAAGUUAAAUAUAUAUCCAUGUCUCAUUAAGGUCAGAGAUUUAACCUUUGUAAUGAAUUGUUUUAUGUACAAAAGAACUAGAAGUUUAACAUGGUUACUUUAAAAUAUGCACUGAAAUAUUGGACUAAUUCUUGUAACUGGCCGUAAUUGCAGGUGUUUGUAGCUAACUUUUUAAUGUAUGACAUAUCAUGAAAUUGAUUAAUGCAGAUUUUCAUCAGCCAUCCUAGCUAAUUUUCUAAUCAAAUUAAUAAAAUAUUCAAUCAAUAAUCAGUUAGCCAAUUAAUUGAAUUGAUCAAUCAGUCAAUCAAAUAAAUAAAUAAAUCAGCCACUCAAUUAAUUAAAUUAAGCAUACCAAUCAAAACAAUCAAAUCCUGUACAGUACCAUCAAAAAGUCAAUUAAUCAACCAACUAAUCAAUCAAUCAAUCAAUUUCAAUAAAUCAAUCAUCAACUAAUGAAAGAGAUGCAUAUUAAAACAAUUUGAUAGUAAUGCAAUGAGAGAUAGGGAUAUCAAAGUAAAUUUUAUUUUCUGCUAAAACAUCUAUAAAUAAUGUUCCUUAUGCUAUACAUUUCAAUGCAGGGUGGAUGUAUUUUGAAUUCUGAAAUUCAACUUGAUUUGAAAGUUUGGAACUUUCACUAGCAAUCAUCUGUCAUCACAUGUGAUACUUUCAUUCCUGUUUAAAAAAUGUGACAAAUGCUUUUGAUUUUGAACUUUCAAAACAAAUACAUUGCUCCUAAACCGGGUCAAUGUAGAAUUUGCUAACAAUGAUAUACUGCUGAGCUGAAUACCAAAUAUUAAUUUAGUAUAGUAAAAUGGAGAAAACUGCAAUACAUAUUGCUGAUGAAGUAAAUGAAAUGUCAUGCCUGAAUUUAAUAUGUUUGUGCUACACAUAUGACAGCUGGGCAUAUUCAUAAAGAAGGGCAUACAAGUAUGACAACGACUAAAAUUAAAAUGGUAUAUCAAUUCACAAUAUCCUCCCAAUAUUUGUUAAGUAGCCCAGCCAAAUUAAGGAAAUAUUACUAUCACAAAGAACUUUGUCCUUUCCAAGAAAAUAUGAGCAACAAAAGAAUGUUGGUGACAGAAUGGCAAGUUUUAAACAAAUUUCAGUCCCAUUACAAGCGUUCUACACAACUUGUGAUUUAGAAAGUUCAUAAUAAUUAUGCGUUAGGAUCCAAACUUCAGCAACAAAUAUUGAUAUGGAAUCAAAUAUGAAACAUAUUAUUCAUAUAUGUGUGGUAGUAGAUAUAAGUAACUCAACCAUUAGCAGAAUUUUUUCUCUAUUGCUGACAUGGUACUGUCCCAAACACGGAAUGAUAAACUGUAUUGGUAUGUUUCGUGGCCAAGAGAAAUUUGCUCUUAGUUAUAAUGUAAUUCCCUCAUGCAUGUCAUUCAUUGGAAGUUGAAGUAUCAAUUCUUUGUUGUGUGUUCCUGUUUUUGUGUUUAAAAAAAAGCUCUAGUUCAGUGCUUCGAAUAAAACAUGGAAAUAACUUAA